CGCGGCUUCCGGCAGGGGGCCCGGCGGCGUGUGGCGGUGGGGCAGCGGCGGGGCCCGGUGGGCGCCCAAGAUGGCGGCGGGCGGCGCGGAGGGCGGCUCGGGCCCCGGCGCCGCCAUGGGGGACUGCGCCGAGAUCAAGUCGCAGUUUCGCACCCGCGAGGGCUUCUACAAACUGCUCCCCGGGGACGGCACCGCUCGCAGGUCGGGUCCAGCUUCCGCCCAGACCCCGGCGCAGCCGCAGCCGCAGCCGCCGCAGCCCCCGCCCGGCCCUGCCUCCACCUCUGGCCCCGGCGCCGCGGGCCCCGCUCCGUCCCCGCCGCCUGCAGGCCCCGGGCCCGGACCCGCGCUGCCCGCCGUACGCCUCAGCCUCGUGCGCCUUGGGGAGCCCGACGGCGUCGGGUCCGGGGAGCCGCCAGCCACGCCCGCGGGGCUCGGCGCGGGAGGAGACCGUGUCUGCUUCAACUUGGGCCGCGAGCUCUAUUUCUACCCGGGCUGCUGCCGCCGCGGGAGCCAACGGUCUAUUGACCUCAACAAGCCAAUUGACAAGCGGAUCUAUAAGGGCACCCAGCCCACCUGCCAUGACUUCAACCAGUUCACUGCUGCCACAGAGACCAUCUCCCUGCUGGUGGGGUUCUCGGCUGGCCAGGUGCAGUACCUGGAUCUCAUCAAGAAGGACACCAGCAAGCUAUUCAAUGAGGAGGAUUAUCGUAAAAUCAGACAUGGAGACUUCUCAGUCCUCGCCAACUUGGCAGAGAGAGAACAUGGCAGCACAUCAUCUCCGCGGCGGCUGAUUGACAAGACCAAAGUGACCUACCUGAAGUGGCUGCCCGAGUCGGAGAGCCUGUUCCUGGCAUCACACGCCAGCGGCCACCUGUACCUGUACAACGUCAGCCACCCGUGCGUCUCUGCCCCGCCCCAGUACAGCCUGCUGAAGCAGGGUGAGGGCUUUGCCGUCUACGCAGCCAAAAGCAAGGCGCCCCGCAACCCCCUGGCCAAGUGGGCGGUCGGGGAGGGGCCGCUCAACGAGUUCGCCUUCUCGCCCGACGGCCGGCACCUGGCCUGCGUGAGCCAGGACGGCUGCCUGCGCGUCUUCCACUUCGACUCCAUGCUGCUGCGCGGGCUCAUGAAGAGCUACUUUGGGGGCCUGCUCUGUGUGUGCUGGAGCCCUGAUGGGCGCUAUGUGGUGACCGGUGGCGAGGACGACCUGGUCACCGUGUGGUCCUUCACUGAGGGCCGUGUGGUGGCCCGUGGCCAUGGCCACAAGUCCUGGGUCAACGCCGUGGCCUUUGACCCCUACACCACGCGGGCUGAGGAGGCAACGGCGGCCAGUGGUGAUGGGGAGCGAAGCGGCGAGGAAGAGGAGGAGCCUGAGGCCGGGGGCGCCCCAGUCUCCCCACUGCCCAAGGCCGGCUCCAUCACCUAUCGCUUUGGCUCGGCCGGCCAGGACACACAGUUCUGCUUGUGGGACCUCACCGAAGACGUGCUUUACCCACACCCACCCCUGGCCCGCACCCGCACCCUCCCUGGCACCCCCAGUACCAUGCCGCCAGCAGCCAGCAUCUCGCGGGUUGGAGAGCCAGGCCCUGGCCCCCUGCCCCGCUCGUUGUCCCGCUCCAACAGCCUCCCACACCCAGCAGGCGGCGGCAAGGCGGGCGGCCCGGGGGCAGUGGUGGAGCCGGGCACCCCGUUCAGCAUUGGGCGCUUCGCCACCCUCACGCUGCAGGAGCGGCGGGACCGGGGGGCCGAGAAGGAGCACAAGCGCUACCACAGCCUGGGCAACAUCAGCCGGGGUGGUGGUGGGGGUGGCGGUGACAAGCCCAGUGGCCCUGCCCCCCGCAGCCGACUGGACCCCGCCAAGGUCCUGGGCACCGCGCUGUGCCCGCGCAUCCACGAGGUGCCACUGCUGGAGCCCCUGGUGUGCAAGAAGAUCGCGCAGGAGCGCCUCACCGUCCUCCUCUUCCUGGAGGACUGCAUCAUCACUGCCUGCCAGGAGGGCCUCAUCUGUACCUGGGCCCGGCCCGGCAAGGCGUUCACAGAUGAGGAGACCGAGGCCCAGAAAGGGGAAGGAGGUUGGUCCAGGUCACCCAGCAAGUCAGUGGUAGAGGGCAUCUCCUCCCAGCCGGGCAACUCCCCGAGUGGCACAGUGGUGUGAGGCCCCAGCCGCCACGUCCCCGCUGAGCUCACCAAGCAACGUAUUAACCAGACUAACCGUGACGAUGGACUGCGCGAUCCCCCGACCUGCACAGCUUGGGGGGCUGAGGGUCCCCCGGCUGGCCCAGACACUGGGGGGAUGUUGCAGUCCGCGUGGCCUCAGCCUUGUCCCUGCCCACUGCCAACUACAGUGACUCCUCUGAAAUGUCAGUGUUACCCUCAUCCCUAUUCCCAGCAUGUGACUGGUCAUCCUGGGUGGGGGGACCCCCACCCACAGGAGCCCAGCUCUGCAGUGCGCCUCGGCCCAGGCAGGGCAGGGGGUCCGCCCCUCCCCUGGCCCUACCCCUUGCUCCUGUCUGUGCCUCCCGGAAGAGUGUUAAAUUAUGGAAGCCCCUCGGGGCCGUCCCCACCCUCAGGACCUCUUAUUUAUACUAAAGCCCCGUUUUCACA